AUGGCAGCAAAAUGGCAAGAUAAUUCAUCCAAUGAAGGAUCUUCUACUGACGGUACCAAGCUUCUAAAGUCGAUGACAUCUCUGCUUACCUCUCUUCAAAAGAAUGUGAUAACUCUGGGAUCAAAUAUGCUGGUUGAAAUUCAAGAAAGCAUGAGAAGAACAGAUGCUGAAAGAUUGGAGUAUGCUGACUCCAUUGCAAGGAAAUUUCAAGCUAAAGAGAAUGCGAAAGUUGAUGCUGAGAAAGAACGGACUCGUAUUACUCAAGGUGAACCUAGUAGAAGAGGUUACGAUGUAUCAACCGGCACCAGAUCUAAGCGAUCUCCAACCAACGAUGAAAAUCCAAGGCCAACUAAAAGAGGCGGAGGUCGAAGCGGUGGUGAUCGCGGAGGCCGAAGCAGUAGUGGUGGUCGUGGUGGGCGUCCUGGGAGUGAUCGAGGAGGUCGAAGCGGUGGUGAUCGCGGAGGCCGGAGUGAUGGAGCCGCUCGUGGUGGUCGCGCUCUUCCUCCUUUUCGCAAUCUUCUAACAGGUUAG